UUUUUUCCUAGCAAAUGUUUUGAUACAGGGAGUUCACGAUGGCAGAGAUAGAGCACUUUUGCGACCCCAGAGACAAGUCGCACCCCAAGUUCGCAAGUGUCAGAGACACGGUGAUGAAGCUGUAUUCUGCCUGUAACCAGAUGGACGGCAAGUCAGCCGAGUCCAUGACCAUUGGAGAAGCUGUGGAUAAGGGGCUGGUGGCCAAUGAGACCCUAGGAUACUUUCAUGGCCAGGAUCCACCAGUUCAUGGUGCAGUGUGGGAGUAGACGAGGCUAGACUCAGGUUCAGACAACACAUUGGGCAAUGAGAUGGCUCACUACGCUU